GUGGCCCCGGCCUCGGGCGGGAGAGUAGAGAGCUGAGGCGAGACUGACGGCGCAGCUGUUGCCUGGACGAUGGCGGGGACGGCGCUCAAGAGGCUGAUGGCCGAGUACAAACAAUUAACGCUGAAUCCUCCAGAAGGAAUUGUGGCAGGCCCCAUGAAUGAAGAGAAUUUUUUUGAAUGGGAGGCAUUGAUCAUGGGCCCAGAAGACACCUGUUUUGAGUUUGGGGUGUUUCCUGCCAUCCUGAGUUUCCCACUUGAUUACCCAUUAAGUCCCCCAAAGAUGAGAUUUACCUGCGAGAUGUUUCACCCCAACAUCUACCCAGAUGGCAGAGUCUGCAUCUCCAUCCUGCACGCUCCUGGCGACGACCCCAUGGGCUACGAGAGCAGCGCCGAGCGCUGGAGCCCCGUGCAGAGCGUGGAGAAGAUCCUCCUGUCGGUGGUGAGCAUGCUGGCAGAGCCCAACGAUGAGAGCGGUGCCAACGUAGAUGCCUCCAAGAUGUGGCGGGACGACCGGGAGCAGUUCUACAAGGUCGCCAAGCAGAUUGUGCAGAAGUCGCUGGGGCUCUGAGCCUCCCGUGCCCGUGCACAGCCGCAUGCAGACGCACUGCCAGGCGGUUUGCGGGGUUUCCUCUGGGACACUCAGUGACAGGGACACUCUGUGCUGGUACCAAAAAAGGCGAGCUUGCAGAACCACA